AAACAUGUAAUUCGCACCAACAAUGUGCCCCAGUCUUCAACUUUAUGAAGUUGGCGCAGAGCUUGGAAGAAGAAGAAGAUGAAGAAGUGUAGGGCCUAGGCCUACGUGUAGUUUUUGUAGGUAAUAUUUUGAAUUUACAGAUGAUAUGAUGGAUAGAGAGUCUGGCCAUCUCCCAAUCUCCGUUGAAGGCGUUGUCUCCUCUCUUAUCUGGGUCAAAAUCAUUGCCUUAGGAACAGCAGCUGCGGGCAAAACCUGCCUCAUUAAACACUUCUGUGAAGAUAAGUUUUCGGCAGCAUACCAGCCAACUGUAGGCGUAGACUAUGGAUUUAAGAUUCAGAAAGUCAAAGAUCUUGACUUGAGGGUCCAUCUGUGGGAUCUUUCCGGACAGUUGGAGUAUGCAGAAGUGCGCAAUGAACUCUAUGGAGGGACGCAGGCAUGCAUUCUGGUGUUCGACAUCACAAAUCGUACCUCAUUUGAAAACCUGGAUUUCUGGUUGAAAGAGGCAGUUAGAAAUGGAGCAGGGACAAUGCACACAGUUGUAGUGGCAAAUAAGAUUGACAUUAAAGGCAAGCGGGCAGUCUCUGCAGAGGAGGCAGCCAAAUGGGCGGUAACCAGGAAACUCAAAUAUUAUGAGACAUCCGCCAUGAGCGGUGAAGGAGUACUGAGGAUGUUCUGCGAGGUAUUGGAGGUGGCCUCAACCAAUGUGUCCAAGGGACAAAUGGUGGGAUGAUGGAAAAGUAAGCACUGCAAGAUAAUAGCUUGCUUUAACUCGCAACCCAAGAUAUGCCAAGAACUGCCCCCACCCCGCCACACCCUGUCAUUUCCUGGUGUAAAGAAAUCGACUCCAUGCAUGAACAGACAGUAAUUUCUAAAAAUGACUGUGCUUCAUCACCUUGUGUAAGAGCAGCAGUUGGGGAUACGGGGCGCGUACACGCACUGGUAUGUGCCCAUAUACGAAGAGUAUGAGCACAAUCCCAUGGCAUCUUCGUGUGAAAUUCAGGCGCCAUCAGUAAUUCUUCUAAUGCCCCUCUCAGUCAUUUUUCUCUACUUCAUCUUUUGAACUGCUGAGGAGGGACUUGUUGAAGGGAAAUAUGUGAUGGAGGGGACCCCCCUCUUUUGUGUUUGUCAUUGUGUUCCCAGAACCUCAGGAAUUCUUUUGAGAUAUCUAGGGGAUGUGUUAGGUAACAAUAGUCUGGAGUGUGUAUAGGGACACGGAGGGUACCCCUCCGUCUGAAAUCAUGCACGGUAUCCUGGAGUCAACUGCAUGAAUGAUAAAUUGCAACUUGGCCCUAAGGAUGUGACGUUUACACGUUUGAAACGUUAAACAAAAAUCUAAAUGUGUUUACAAAUUUCUAAACCCCAAUUUUGAAUAAAAGGGAUCUGCAUUCACACGA